AUGCAUGCCGUGACAUCCGCCAAGAAACAAAAGGAAUACAUUGACAAACUUCAGGCAGAAAUUGAUGUCCUACAGAAGAGGAUAGGUGAGAAUGAGAGCGCUGAGGCUAUCGUAUCAAAACACAUAAACCUGUUGCACCGUUAUAAUGAAGCCAAGGACGCUACUCAGUUACUGAUAGGAAGGCUCGCCGCUUCGAAGGAAACCACCGUUCGGCAAAUCCAUCACGACAUGGACCUCAUGGAUGACCAGUGA